UUCCUCCAUCUUCCGUUACCUCCUCCUACUUCCCUCCUUGCUCCGUUCACAUGAACUAAACCCUUCAUAAACCCUAAAUUCUUCUCAUUUAGUUUGAUUGAUUCCUCUUUGAAUUUCUCUUUGUAUGCAAAAUAACUUUUUUUGUACCUUUUGUCAAUUUUUUAAUUCGAGAUUAUACUAAGUUUUGUAAUAGAUUACGCAUGUCUACAUGAAGAUGCUCUUAAGAAAUCCAGGAAUAACACUUUGUAUUCGUACAAAGUGUUGUCAGAUUUUCAAUAUUUCUAAGAACCUGUCUUCCUUCUCAGAUGGGCCUUCUUCUGAAUUGUAUAAGAAAUCUGUUCCCUUUGUGGGUAAAAGUAGUAUUCAAGAAAACCCAAGUAGAAUUGAAGGGGUGAGAAAAGAAGUGGAUGAUGUGUGUUGUGUCUUGGAGAGUGGUCCUUGGGGGCCGGCCCUCGAACAUGCUCUGUCUCUGCUCAAUGAGAAACCUCAACCUGGCUUGGUCAUUGGGGUUUUGAGAAAGUUGAAGGAUGUCAAUCUAGCAAUAAAUUACUUUCGAUGGGCUGAGAGGAAAACAGACCAAGCACAUUGUCCAGAAGCGUACAAUUCACUUCUCAUGGUAAUGGCUCGGAAUAAGAAGUUUGAUUGCCUGGAACAGAUUCUUGGAGAAAUGAGUGUUGCAGGAUUUGGCCCGUCUAAUGACACGUGCAUUGAGUUGGUAGUUAGCUGUGUCAAGUCCCACAGGUUAAGAGAAGCUUUUGAUAUUAUACAAACAAUGAGAAAGUUCAAAUUCCGGCCAGCCUUCUCAGCUUAUACGACUCUAAUUGGUGCUUUAUCUGCUGUCUUUGAAUCUGACCUUAUGCUCACUUUGUUUCAGCAGAUGCAAGAGCUAGGUUAUGAAGUCAGUGUCCAUUUGUUUACUACACUUAUUCGCGUCUUUGCCAAGGAAGGCCGGGUUGAUGCUGCGCUUUCUCUGUUGGAUGAGAUGAAGAGCAACUCUUUUGAAGCAGACAUUGUUCUUUAUAAUGUCUGUAUAGACUGCUUUGGUAAGGUGGGUAAGGUGGAUAUGGCAUGGAAAUUCUUUCAUGAGACGAAAGCACAAAGCCUAAUUCCUGAUGAUGUGACUUACACAAGCAUGAUAGGUGUUCUCUGCAAAGCAAAUAGGCUACAAGAAGCUGUAGAAUUAUUUGAGCAGAUGGAGCAGAAUAGAAAGGUCCCCUGUGCUUAUGCCUAUAACACCAUGAUCAUGGGUUAUGGCUCAGCAGGAAAGUUUGAUGAAGCAUACAGUUUACUAGAAAGACAAAAGGAAAAGGGGUCCGUUCCGAGUGUCAUCGCAUAUAACUGCAUUCUUACUUGCCUUGGGAAGAAGGGGAAAGUGGAGGAGGCAUUGAGGAUCUUUGAGGAGAUGAAGAAAGAUGCAGUGCCCAACCCUCCAACGUAUAAUAUUCUUAUAGACAUGCUUUGUAAGGAAGGAAAUCUUGAGGAUGCUUUUAGGGUUCGAGAUGCCAUGAAAGAAGCUUGCUUGUAUCCCAAUGUUAUUACUGUAAACAUAAUGGUUGAUCGACUGUGUAAAGCACAAAAACUUGAUGAUGCUUGUUCUAUUUUUUAUGGAAUGGAUCACAAAGUUUGCUGCCCAAAUGAGGUUACAUUUUGCUCGCUUAUAGAUGGCUUGGGCAAGCAUGGCAGAGUAGAUGAUGCUUACAGACUUUAUGAGAAGAUGUUGGAUGCUAAUAAGAUUCCAAAUGCCGUUGUAUAUACAUCCCUCAUCAGGAACUUCUUCAAGUGCGGCAGGAGGGAGGAUGGUCAUAAGAUGUAUAAAGAAAUGCUUCGCAGGGGCUGCCCUCCUGAUCUUAUGCUCCUCAAUACCUACAUGGAUUGUGUUUUUAAAGCUGGAGAAAUUGAGAAGGGUAGGGCUUUAUUUGAGGAGAUAAAGGCUCAGGGAUUCAUUCCAGAUGUACAAAGCUAUUCAAUUCUGAUUCAUUGCCUUGUGAAAGCAGGUUUUGCGCAUGAGACCUAUCAGUUGUUUCAUGCAAUGAAGGAGCAAGGCUGUGUUUUGGACACCCGUGCUUACAACACUGUGAUUGAUGGAUUCUGCAAGUCAGGUAAGGUGAACAAAGCUUACCAGCUGCUAGAGGAAAUGAAGACAAAGGGUCACCAACCCACUGUUGUUACCUAUGGUUCUGUCAUUGAUGGUCUUGCUAAGAUUGACAGGCUUGAUGAAGCAUACAUGCUCUUUGAAGAAGCAAAAUCACAGGGCAUAGAGUUGAAUUUAGUUAUCUAUAGUAGUCUUAUUGACGGGUUUGGGAAAGUUGGUAGAAUAGAUGAAGCAUAUCUAAUUUUAGAAGAGCUGAUGCAGAGAGGUUUGACACCUAAUGUAUACACAUGGAAUUGCUUGCUUGAUGCUUUGGUGAAAGCAGAAGAGGUUAAUGAAGCCCUUAUCUGCUUCCAGUCUAUGAAGGACUUGAAAUGCACUCCCAACCACAUUACUUAUAGCAUUCUCAUAAAUGGUCUUUGCAGGAUUAGAAAAUUCAAUAAGGCCUUUGUCUUUUGGCAAGAGAUGCAAAAGCAAGGUUUAAAACCCAAUACCAUCACUUACACCACCAUGAUCUCAGGACUUGCAAAGGCUGGUAAUGUUGUAGAAGCUCAUGGACUCUUUGAGAGGUUUAAAGCUGAUGGGGGUAUACCUGAUUCUGCCUGCUAUAAUGCUAUCAUAGAGGGGUUAAGCAGUGCAAAUAGGGCAAUAGAUGCAUAUACACUUUUCGAGGAAACUCGACUGAAAGGUUUUAAUAUUUAUACCAAAACCUGUGUUGUUCUUUUAGAUGCACUGCACAAGGCUGAAUGCCUUGAGCAGGCAGCAAUCGUAGGGGCUGUCCUGAAGGAAACAGCCAAGUCUCAACAUGCUUCCAAAUAUUGGUAACUUGUUUCUGUUAGGUGUUGGAGCAAUCUGUUAAC